AUUUUUGUUGUUUUAUCCUUCAGUUGCUCGGGCUACGGCCGCGACCUGCUGCCGCCUCCCCCGCGCUGCUCAACGCCGACUUACACGGUUACACCACACGCCGGCCGCGUUCGCCCACACGCACGCACACACUCAUUACGUGACCAUCUUCAAUCCUGUCCUCUUCUCCUUUCCCCCCAACCUCACCUCACCCCCAUCUCACACCUGCCUUCAUUCCGUGCCUCACCAUCCUCUCCCCCUUCUUCACUCCACCGUGGCAUCCAUCACCAUGCCCCCGCCCCCCGACCGCUCCGCCCUCUCCCCGCGCGCCAUCGUCCGCGACCUCUGGACCACCGCCCUCGGCCUGCCGCCCGCGCUGCUCGACCCGGACCCGGACCCCGGCUCCGACGGUGAUGAUGAUGAUGGCGAUGACGGCGGGCCGCUCGUCCUCCCCGGCCUCGACGGGCGCACCGAGUCCCUCGCCGGCGUCGACGUCGAGCAGCCCGCCCUGCCGUCGUCGUUUCGCAUCGGCGCCCUGGCGCAGAGCGUCGUCGCGCUGGCGGGCCUGGCCGCUGCGUUGGCCGACUCGACACGCCCGCCAUCACCACCACCACCAACAACAACAGCGGCCAGAGAGGCAAGCCAAAACGCAGCCGUAGACGCAGCAGCAUCGUCACCAUCAUCAUCAUCGCCAUCAUCAACGCACCGCCUCCGCCUCCCCAAGGUCACCGUCCCGCUGCGCCACGCCGUCGCCGAGUUCCAGUCGGAGCGCCUCUACACUCUCGUCCCGCAUCAUACCUCGUCCGCGUCCUCGCCUUCACCUUCGUCUUCGUCCCCAUGUCCAGCCGCCGCCGCCGCCGCCGCCGUCGUGGGUGGGCUCUACGCCACGCCCCUCGACGGGUCGGCUGUGCGCAUCCACGACGCGCUGCCCAACCACGCGCGCGCGGCCCUCGACCUGCUCGGCCUGGGUGGUCCCGCCGGCCCCUACGCUGCAGAUGACGACGACGAUGAUGGCGACGACGGUUCCUCUGCUGCUGAUGAUGAGGCGGCGGCAGCAGCGGCAGCAAGGUUGAAGUCCGGGGGUGAGCAGCGUGGGAGGGAUCGAGACUGCAAUGCAAACGAGAGCAAUGGCAUCGACAACUGCAAGGGCGAUACCAACAGCACCAGCACCAGCACCAGUAGACAACAUAGAGCCGUCUCCCGCGCAGACAUUGCCCGGCGCGUCGCCCUCCACACCAGCCUGCAACUCGAGCACCUCGCCCACGAGACGCCCUCGGGCGCCGUCCUCUACGCGCUGCGCUCCUACGCGCAGUGGGACGCCCACCCGCAAGCCGCGCACACGCCCGACUCGCCCGUUCUCAUCCGCCGCAUCGCCAUGCCCUCUUCGUCCUCUUCAUCCUCUCCCUCUCCCUCCUGGCCACUACGGCCCAUCCCUUCCUCCUCCUCCUCCCCCCUGACAUCAGACCAACACACCACCCCCCGCGGCUGCCUCGCCGGCCUCCGCGUCCUCGAACUCAGCCGCAUCAUCGCCGCCCCCGUCGCCGGCCGCACCCUCGCCGCCCACGGCGCCUCCGUCCUCUGGCUCACCUCCCCGACGCUGCCCACCCUCCCGGCCCUCGACGUCGACCUCGCCCGCGGCAAGCGCACCAUCCAGCUCGACCUGGACUCUGCCGCCGAGGACGACCACCCGGGGCAGCAGAUGCGCCUCCUGCACGCCCUCAUCCGCGACGCCGACGUCGUCAUCCAGGGGUACCGCCCCGGCAGCCUCGCCGCCCGCUUCGGCCUCACGCCCGAGCACCUCGCGCGCAUCAACCCGCGCCUCGCCGUCGUCGCCAACCUCUCCGCGUUUGGGCCCGCGGGCCCGUGGGCCGGCCGCAGGGGUUUCGACAGCCUGGUGCAGACGUGCACGGGGAUGAACGUGUCGGAGGCGGCGCACCGCGCGGGACGUGCUGACGACGACGAUGACCACUACCACAUUGAUGAACACGACCAUGACGACGAUGAUGAACAAGACCAUAACGACGAUAGUGAUAAUGAUGACGACAACGAAGACAACGGUGAUGAAACCAACCGCAAAGCCCACCACCACCACCAUCCCCCCGCCCUCCCCCUCCCCUGCCAGGCCCUCGACCACGCAAGCGGCCACCUCCUCGCAGCAGGCAUCUGCGCCGCCCUCUACCGACGCGCCGCCGCUGCCGCCGCCGCCCCCGACGUAGACGGACACGGAUACGGACACGGAGACGGACACCGACACGGAGACGGCGGCGACGGCGACGGCAGCAGCAGCGGCCCCUACAUCGUCGACGUCUCCCUCUCCGCCACGGCGCGCUACCUCCGCAGCCUAGGCCAAUACCCCGGCGCCCGCGGCUUCUCCUCCGUCUCCUCUUCCUCCUCCCCACCCUCCUCCACUUCGUCCUUGGCCGCGCACGCUGGGCAAGCCGCCGCCGACGGGGGUGACCACCUCCACGGCGGCGGCGGCGACGGCACCCAGGACGACUUCUUCGAGACGCGCGAGACCGGCCUCGGGACCCUCACCGCGGUGCGGCACAGCGCCGCCGUCGAGGGCAGGCGCGUGGGCUGGGACGUCAUGCCCAAGCCCCUGGGGAGCGACGAGCCGCGGUGGCCGUAGGCAGGUACUACGGUGGUAGACAGUAGGGGCGUCACCGCGACUUGGCUCGGCCGCGGAUUUGAGGAUAGGAUAGAUGGCUAGGUGCCUAAUAAUCCCCGCUUCAUACGGCA